GCCAUUAACUCGGUCACCAUUUUGUUCAAUUAGAUUUUUUUUUACUUUUGUUCAAGUGAAAUUACUUUAAAAACAGGAGGUGAGGAGAGAGCAGUGAAGGGAGGUAAAACAGCCCCUACUCUGCAACCCCGCGGCGCCCUGACCCCCAUUUCCUCACACGCUUCCCUCCCUGAGCGGCCGCGCCUCAGCCCAACCGCGCGCCGCCCUACAAGCCCUGCGCUAGAAGCGGCCCCGGCUCCAAUUCUCCAACUACGCCGUUGACGCUACCCGAUCACAACACUCACCGUCAAACGCGUUACUUACGCUGUUAACGCAAGACCAGACUCAGUGUUCUAGGCUGCGUAGUUGCUAUUCGCGGAGCGGUGCGUACGCAAAGAGCCGGAUGCUGUGGCAACCAGCGCACGCGAAGCGGGGACGGGCCGAGGCGGCUGGUGGGACGGGGCGCAUUUGGUUAUUUAGUCUAUUUAUGUUGUCUUGAAGAGAUAAAUGCAGUUGUUUUAACUUUGCGGCUGCUUUUUUGUUGUUGUUGAGAAGUUUUUUAUCUUGGAGGUUGUAUGCUUCUGCCAGCUGAGCAAUUUUCUUCACUGAGAGAGGUGGGAGGUCAGCAUCACCCAUUCUUUCAAACCUCAGUGGAAUCUGAGGGCGGAUUUAAACUAGACUCCUUUCUCAAAAAAUGCUUUUUUGAAAUAUGGCGGUUUGUUUGUGUUUCCUUUAACUCUUUGAAAAACAUUCCCUCCCUCGCAAUUUUAAGCUCUCUUUUUUUUUUUUUUUUUUUUUUGCCUUUUUUUCUUUUUUCCCCGGUGUUCAGUGGAGAAAUAAACCAGAAAAGACAAUUCAGCUGGUGAGCAGACAUUAAUGCUGAUGACCACAAGCCAUUCCAGCCUCUUCUUUCACAGCUUUCUAACAAUGAGCGUGUGCUAAAAUAGCUCAUCUGGGACACAGAGCACUGGUUAAAGUCAGUAGUUGUCUUUUUGGUACAUUAACUGUCCAGUGACCAGGUGCAGUCAUUUUGGAGUAUUUUUAGGAAUAGGAAGAAUCCUUCCCAGGAAAAUUCGGGAUGGCACAUGCUCGUAUCUCGGCCAACCUCCCCCCUAAUAUCGAUCCCACAAAAGCUCCCAUUGCAUUUGGGAGGAGGGGCCUUCCUAAACUGAAUGAGGAGUUGCAGUGCCCUGAGCUGCUGACUCAGCAGCGGGCAUUGAUGGCGCUCUGCGAUCUGGUCCAUGACCCAGAAAAAGUCUACCAGAUGGUAGAAAUAGGAUUCUUGGAUAAUUUGAAGACACUGCUGCGACAUCAUGAUAGUACCAUCCGACAAAAAACAACAGAAGUCCUUUAUAUAAUGGCUAUGCAUAGUGUUGGCAGGCAAGGGUUGAUACAAAAUGGAGUAAUUUCUGCCCUCGCUGAGCUCUUGGAUGAUCCAGUAGAUAUCUGUCGGAAAAACACACAUCAGACUUUUGAAAUGAUGGCCAAAUUACCUGAAGGGGCUGUUGACAUACUGCGUGCUGGUUUGAUUCCCUUUCUGGUACUCAAGUUGAAGACUGAGCCGGAUGAAAUCCAGGAGCUAAUCCUGGAUACGCUCUCCAACUGUCUACGUGUGGAGGCUUCUGAAGCUCUUGCAAAUGAUGCUGUUACAAUCCUGAAGGAAAAGCUCACUCACCCAUCAGUGGCCAUCAGAAGCAAAGCAGCUUGGGUCCUGCUGGAAAUCGGUACUCAUCCGGAGGGAAAAAACACGAUAUGCGAAGAGGUUACUCCUGUGCUGGUGAGCCUGCUGGAAGAUGCAGAUCCUGAAGUCCAAGCUAGUGCAACCGGAGCACUGAUGUUUGCGACUGUGAAACCUCAGGGGAGAUUCUCAGCCCUAGGUGCUGGAGCCAUUCCACCUCUGCUGAAGUUGGUUGCUGAGGAAACCAGCAAAGCCCGUCUGAGCGCAAUCAAAACCCUCACCAUGCUGGCCGAGGUACCAGAGGGCCGCAGGACCCUCCUGGGUCACACAGACACAUUUCAGCAGUGUCUGAAUGAUCCCUCUGAGGCGGUGAAAAGAGCUGCCCAAAUCGCCAUCCGCGUCAUCCAGUGGAAACCUUUCUGAAGACAGGGUGUUUUGUAGAGAUCUGUUGCCCUCUGUUGUUGUCUGCCUGUAAAGGUUGCAUGAUUAUAUGAGACUUUCGAAAACAAAACUCUCUAUUUUGGUUACUCUCAAUCAGUUCCUCCUGAAAAGUCAUUUGUCACCAGUUUCACAUCUAUAUUUCCAGGUCUUGAGCAGAAUAAUGGGCAAAAAUAAAGGCUGGGAAGUCUAGGAGUUA